AUGGCUAAACAAUGCUCAAACUGUAAUACUGCUAAUUCUUUAGUACAAAUCAUAAGCCGAGCAUGUGAUGGAAAUUAUAUUAUCUAUCCUAAUGGUCAAGAAUCAAAUGGUUAUUUACCAAAUAUUGCUGGUCUCUGUGAUUCAGACGGUUUAUCGAUUGAAAUAUGCAUCGCAUGCGGUCAACUCAAUGGUCUUGAUCGAAUUGCUUUGAAAGAAAAAUUAAGUAAACAAUCUUAUGAUGAAGAAUAA